AAAAAUAUUCAUCCUGGACAGAAAUCUGUUUUUUUUUAUUCCGACCUCCACACAUAUUCGACAGAUCGCCUCUCCAUCGUCGUGAUCCCCACACUGUGGGAAUGGGACAUGAUGGAGGAUAAAGGGCCUCGUGUAGCUGACUACUUUGUGGUUGCCGGCCUCACCGACUCAUCCAAGCCUCUGGAGGAAGAUCUGCACUUUGACGAUGCCGGUCCCAAGUCAGUGAAGCCCAAAGCUCCCAUCACCGAUGUCGCCGUGGUGAUCCGCUCCCUGGGCGAGGAGGUACCCCCAGGUUUCACCUGCGUGGAAAGCACCCCCUCAGGCCUCUCUGCAGAGCUCAAUGGAGCCAGCCUCAGGGGCCAGCAGAUCUUCUUGUGCUUCAAGCGAGGCCGAGAUAAGCCUCCACUGACAGAUCUCGGGGUUCUGUAUGAGUGGAAAGAGAAGCUGAAGCCUGGAUGUCACAUAGUCCAGACCACGCCCUCCGGCCGCCCCGCCAACAUCAGCAGCUCGUCCUCUCAGCGCAUCUACAUCACCUACCGCCGCGCCCCCAAGAGCCAGCCCCACACCUCUCUGGCCGUCACCGAUGUCUGCAUCAUCAUCCCGGGGAAGGGGGAGACGCCGCCCCACACCUUCUGCAAGGUGGACAAGAACCUCAACAGCAGCAUGUGGGGAUCCUCAGUCUACCUGUGUUAUAAGAAGUCUCUGGCUAAAGCAAAUGCAAUUGCAUACAAAGCAGGUCUGUUGUGUCGGUACCCUGAAGAUGACUAUGAGUCCUUCCCACUGCCGGAGUCAGUGCCUAUGUUCUGCCUGCCCAUGGGGGCGAUGAUCGAGAGCUGGCCGGCACACACCAAGCACUCCCUGCCGGUUUUCUCCACGUUUGUGCUAACCGGGGCCUCUGGAGAAAAGGUGUACGGCGCAGCAAUUCAGUUCUACGAGCCUCACCCGGAGGAGAACCUGUCAGAGCGCCAGUGCUCGCAGCUCGGCCUGCCAGGCUCUGAUCUCGGACCCGAUGGGACCAGGAAUGUUUACAGCAACAAGAGCAUCUGCCUGCUCUCGCACUGGCCCUUCUUCCAGUCCUUCAGGAGCUUUCUCACUUUCCUUUACCGAUACGCCAUCUCCGGACCACAUGCCCUCCCCAUUGAAAAACACAUCUCUCACUUCAUGCACAAUGUGCCAUUCCCUUCCAUUCAGAGACCACGCAUUCUUGUGCAGUUAUCUCCACAUGACAGCCUCAUCCUGAGCCAACCGGUGUCGUCUCCGCUGCCUCUCAGUGGAGGAAGCCUGUCCACAUUAUUGCUGAAUCUGGGCCCAAAAAAUGCCGCCACCCUGCUUGUGUUGGCUGUCACAGAGCACAAGAUCCUGGUUCAUUCGCUGCGUCCAGAUGUCCUCACCAGUGUCACCGAGGCUCUUGUAUCUAUGAUUUUUCCCUUUCACUGGCCGUGCCCGUACAUCCCUCUGUGCCCUCUGGCCCUGGCGGACGUGCUCAGUGCGCCGUGCCCUUUCAUCGUCGGCGUGGACUCCAGAUACUUUGACCUUUACGUCCCUCCGGCCGACAUCAGCUGCGUUGAUCUCGACACCAACACCAUCUCUCAGAAAGACGACAAAAAGGCUUUGACGUGGAAACUCUUGCCGAGGAGAGCCUGCAAGCAUCUUCUGAAUACUCUGAAUAAGCUCCAUCAGCAGCUCACUGAGGGUGGUCAUUUAAACCGCGACGAUGCGCAGAUGGACCACACAAUGAUGGACAGUGAACUUAACGGUGGAAAAAGCCUCCACACGCUGGAGCUGGAGAUCCAGGAGGCCUUUCUUCGGUUCAUGGCCGCCAUACUGAGAGGCUACCGCUCCUAUCUCCUGCCCAUCACUCAGGCGCCCUCCGAGAAGACCACCGACGCCAGCUCUCUGUUCGACAUCCAAGGCUUCCUGAAGAGCAGAGACCGCUCGCAUCAGAGGUUUUACUCCCUCAUGAGCAAGACUCAGAUGUUCAGCCGUUUCAUCGAGGAGUGCUCCUUUGUCAGUGACAAAGAUGCAAGCCUGGCUUUCUUUGACGAGUGUGUUGAUAAGUUGUUCACCACUGGAAGCAAGAUUGACAGCGAGAGGCCAGAGGACACCAGGCUGAUCGAGCUGGAUGAAUCCCACCGCAGCGAGCACACUGUAUAUAUCAACCCUCCGGAGCUGCCUCCUCUACCGCAGGGAGAGGAGCAUCCGCUGCGCUAUAGCUACUCUGCCUUCCCUGUACUGAAAGCUGAGCUUCUGGAGCCCCUGGAGGGCCCAAAUCCCCUGUCAGCGGGCGCCGCCUCACGUCACAGCAGCCCAGCCAGCCCCACAGCCAUCUUUAGACGCUCGAAACAGGAGAUUAAAUCAGCUCAAAAAAUGGCCAAAACCUACUCAUCGAUGCCUCAGAUGUGGUCCAAGUGUCUGUUGCGCUGCUGCUACGGCCUGUGGUUCAUCUGCUUGCCAGGGUUUGUUGGCAACUGCCACUCCAAGGUCCGAGCUCUGCGCACAGCCUACGAUGUCCUGAGGAAGAUGCAGGACAAGAAGCUGCAGGCUCCAGAUGAGGUGUGUUACCGCGUGCUGCUGCAGCUGUGCGGUCAGUACAGCCAGCCGGUGUUGGCCGUCAGAGUGCUGUUUGAGAUGAAGAAGGCUGGAGUUCAGCCCAAUGCCAUCACCUACGGCUACUACAACAAGGCGGUUUUGGAGAGCACCUGGCCCUCCACCACCAGAGGAGGCUACUUUCUGUGGGGAAAGCUGAGGAACGUAAUUCUUGGUGUUCUUCAGUUCAAACAAGCGGGCAGAAAACAACAGAAUCCACACAGAGAUCCUCAGCUUUCAGACGGCAGUGAUCUUGACACAGUCAGUCACGGCAGCUUGGACAGUGCGAACGACUCCGCUGAGCGCGUCUCCAUCGAUACAGACUUCACUAAAAUGGACUCCAGUGAUGAUGGAUUUAGCACAGGUGGACAGUCCGAUCAAGGAUACGAUUCCUUGUCGAAAGAGGAGGAGAGGUCGUGCGGCAGAGAGAGUGAGAACACGGCGAUUGUGGACUACAAAGCGCCGAGACAGUCCACACCUGAGGUUGAAAUUUCAGUGAGCAGCACAUCUGUUUCUGCAAGAAACUCCAAAUCAACAGACACUAAUACAGUCAGCGUGAGCAGGAUGGGUUCCAGUCCGUCGAGUGACGCUCUUUCAUGUACAGUUUUACCAAAGACGGAGAGGCCGAGUUCUCUGGACCUGUCCGGAGGAGCGGGAGCCCUGAGGCUCGUCGUCCCUCUCCUCUCCUCCGCCAAGCACCAUUCUGCCGACAGGCUGCACGGCGUGGAGGAGGAGGACGCCGACUGCGGCAAACAGAAGCCUCUGGUGGAGAGGAGUGCCAGCUGCAGCGGGGGGCCGGUGAGGCGGACAGGUAUCGAGACGGGGUUCGAUCCCCUGUCGCUCAUAGCAACGGCAGCAGAGCAGGACUGCGAUCGGGACAACGGCGGCACGCCCACCGGCCGCCGCAACCUGGCCGAGGAGAUCGAGACGUACAUGAACACCGGGAGCAGCCCGCUGAGCAGCCGGACACCCAGCAUGGACCUGCAGAACCCGUCCAGUCCUUUGUUUCGCGGUUCGUCCCCCCACGCCUCUCCGCAGCCCGCCGCUCUGCGCCGCUCAAACACUCACCUCCCGCUGCCCGUUAAAUCCAAGGAGAGGCUGAAGACGUCGCCCUCGCUCCCUCUGGGCGUCUGCAGCAAAGAUCGGGAGAGGCCGUCCUCCCUGGUCUCGCCGUCGUCGCCGACUCCCUCCGCCUCCUCGUUCUCCAUGGAUUCUCUCUUCACCCCGACCCUGGACAUCUUCAGGAGCAGCGUCAUAUCGGCGGGGAAGGGCGUGGCCGAGAAGGCCAGUCGCCUCUACUCUCGCUUGUCCUCCCAGACUUCAUUAACGCAAGAUAUAAACUGUGAUCGCAUGAGUGUGUCCUCGCUGACCUCGGGAGAGGUAGACUGCUCCUCGCUGCUCGAUAAUGAUUCCUGUCUGGACCCAGAUGGCUUUACCUCCCCGCAGCAUGCAAAUGUGUCCCGAGUGAAGCGGAGCCCUGUCGGGGCUUCUCACACCAGCCUGUGCAGCCCCAGCACCCCCAACCGGGUCUUCAGACACAACUCCUUCUCCGGUGGUUUGGCACUUCCCUCAAAAGCUCCUCAUACUCCAGAUUCCUCCCCCGACGCCAGCCGUUUCCAACCCUCUCCUAAUUACACCGUAGAGGUGCUGAUGUCGAGCUGCUCCCUCUGUAAGACAUGUGACUGUCUGGUGUACGACGAGGAGAUAAUGGCGGGCUGGACCGCCAACGACUCCAACCUCAACAGCACUUGUCCGUUCUGCGGCACGGCCUUCCUGCCCUUCCUGAACGUGGAAAUCAAAGACCUGAGACCACAGAGCAGGUCCUCUAAGACAGGUAAUCCUGUUAGAGAGGAGGACGCGUCUGUGCCGCUCAUCCCCGAGGCUGGAGCGUCUGCACCGUCUGCGGCUCCCCCGCAGAAGCAGGAGAGCGGAGGGAGCGCCGAGCCGGUCUCAGGUCAAGCCUCGGCUUCCUCUCCGGUCACGGUGCCCUACCUGAGCCCUCUGGUGCUGUGGAAGGAGCUGGAGAGCCUGCUGGUGAACGAGGGCGACCAGGCGCUCUGCUCCCCGAGCGUUGUUGACCAGCACCCCAUCGUCUUCUGGAACCUGGUGUGGUACUUCAGGAGGCUGGAGCUGCCCAGCAGCCUGCCGGCGCUGAUAGUGGCCUCCCAGCACUGCAGGAAUGUAGAGCAGGCUGACGCGGUGUCCUCUGAGGACAGUAAGCAGGUGCUGGUGAGGAUCAUGUGGGACAACCUGAAACUGCACCAGGACCAAGUUCAGCCCUGCUACGUUCUGUGGAACACACACUGUGCCAACUCUUUGGUCCGCUCGGGGCUUUGUGAGGAAGGCCAGCUCUUCACGGUGGAGCUGCUGCAGGGUUUUGUGAGGAGCAUUAAGAAGAGCGACGUGUAUCAUCCCAUGAGUCACAUCAUUCAGCAGCUGGGGCCAGAAUUGGGUUUUAAAAGACAGAGGAGUCUCUACAGAGAUUUAUUGUUCCUCGCUCUUGUGGCUUUGGGAAAGAACAACAUUAAUAUCAACGCUUUUGACCGGGAGUACAAGCUGGCCUACGAUCGCCUCACCCCGAGCCAGGUUAAACUGACGCACAACUGUGACCGGCCCCCCGGAGCGGGGGUCAUGGAGUGCAGGAGGACUUUUGGAGAGCCCAGUUUGUGAACUCUCUGUCUCAGUACGAUAUUCCUGCCACCGCCGUGGACUUCAGACU